GGCGCGGCGGGGCAGGCUCGCUUCGCAGAGGCGCUGGCCAGCCGGUGUCUAGUCGGUUAUGUUCAUUUGAGACUUCUCCAUCAGGGAUCGCCUGGUGUCACUAAGUGUCUGCUGGUGCUGGAGUCUGCUGUCUGCCUUCUUGCCAUGUCUAACGAAGUAGAAACAAGUACAACUAAUGGUCAGCCUGACCAACAGGCUGCACCAAAAGCACCAUCGAAGAAGGAAAAGAAGAAAGGCUCAGAAAAGACAGAUGAGUAUCUUUUGGCCAGAUUCAAAGGUGAUGGUGUGAAAUACAAGGCCAAGUUAAUUGGCAUUGACGAUGUACCAGAUGCAAGAGGAGAUAAGAUGAGCCAAGAUUCUAUGAUGAAACUAAAGGGUAUGGCGGCAGCUGGUCGGUCUCAGGGACAACACAAGCAAAGGAUCUGGGUCAACAUUUCCCUGUCCGGGAUAAAAAUAAUUGAUGAGAAAACUGGGGUGAUAGAGCACGAACACCCGGUAAACAAGAUUUCAUUCAUUGCCCGUGAUGUGACGGACAACCGGGCCUUUGGCUACGUGUGUGGAGCAGAAGGCCAGCAUCAGUUUUUUGCCAUAAAAACAGGGCAACAGGCUGAGCCAUUAGUCAUUGAUCUUAAAGACCUUUUUCAAGUUAUCUAUAAUGUAAAGAAAAAGGAAGAAGAAAAGAAAAAGAUGGAAGAAGCCAACAAUGCAGUAGAGAAUGGAAGCGAGGCCCUAAUGACUCUUGAUGACCAAGCUAACAAACUGAAAUUGGCUGUUGACCGGAUGGAUUUGUUUGGGGACAUGUCUACACCUCCUGACCUAAAUAGUCCAACAGAAAGCAAAGAUAUCCUGUUAGUGGAUCUAAACUCUGAAAUCAACACCAAUCAGAAUUCUUUAAGAGAAAAUUCAUUCUUAACAAACGGCAUCACCUCCUCCUCUCUUCCUCGACCAAAGCCUCAGGCGUCUUUCUUGCCCGAAAAUGCCUUUUCUGCCAAUCUCAACUUCUUUCCGACCCCUAACCCCGACCCCUUCCGCGACGACCCUUUCGCGCAGCAGGACCAAUCACCACCCGCUUCGUUUGAUUCUCGCAAAUCUCCAGAUCAGAAGACAGAGCAUUUGAGUGGCUUGUCUACUCCGCUGAGCAAUGGGCCCCUGAACGGGGAUGUUGAUUACUUUGGUCAGCAGUUUGACCAGAUUUCUAACCGGACUGGCAAACAGGAAGCUCAGGCAGACCCGUGGCCCCAGCCAGCAGUGAGAACUCAGAAUGGGGUGUCAGAAAGAGACCAGAACGGCUUCCCUAUCAAAUCCUCCCCGAACCCUUUCGUGGGAAGCCCUCCCAAAGGACUGCCUGUACCCAAUGGCGUAAAGCAGGACUUGGAGAGCUCUGUCCAGUCCUCAGCACAUGACUCCAUAGCCAUUAUCCCACCUCCACAAAGUACCAAACCAGGAAGAGGCAGAAGGACUGCCAAGUCUCCAGCAAAUGACUUGCUGACAUCAGACAUCUUUGCUCCUCCGGACUCAGAAGCCCCAGGCCAGACGUCACCUACGGGACAACCUGCAGCCCCACAGACCAACCCUCUAGAUCUCUUCAAAACCGGUGCUUCUGCCCCCGUGGGACCGCUCGCAGGGCUAGGUGGCGCACCAGUCACACCGCCCCAGGCGGGCCCGUGGAGCCCGCCCGCCCUCGUGUUCGGUCAGCCCUCUGCAAUGGUCCCAGGAGCCUUGAUGGGGGGUCAGCCUGCAGGGUUCGGCCAGCCGGUGGUUUUCACCACAAGCCCAGCGGUGGCAGGUUGGAACCAGCCUUCAUCCUUUGCAGCCUCAGCGUCCCCGGCAGCCCCUGUCGUGUGGGGCCCCUCAGCAUCCGUGUCAGCCAAUACUUGGUCAUCAGCGAGCCCCCUGGGCAACCCUUUCCAGAGCAAUAUUUUCCCAGCUCCGGCUGUGUCUGCCCAGCCCCCUCCCAUGCUCUCCUCUCUCCUGGUCACUCCCCCGCAGCCCCCGCCCCGAACUGGGCCUCCGAAGGACACCUCCACCGACGCCUUCGUUGCCUUGGACCCGCUGGGGGAUAAAGAAGUCAAGGAAGUGAAGGAGAUGUUUAAGGACUUACAGCUGCGGCAGCCUCCGGUGGUGCCCGCGAGGAAGGGAGACCAGGCUUCCCCGGGCACUUCCAGUGCCUUCUCCAGCUACUUCAACAGCAAAGUGGGCAUUCCCCAGGAGACCGCAGACCACGACGACUUCGAUGCCAACCAGCUGUUGAAGAAGAUCAACGAACCACCAAAGCCAGCUCCCAGACAAGGUGCCCCGCCAGUUACCAAAUCUUCUGACAAUGCAUUUGAGAACCCUAAAAACUCUUUCAGUUCAUCUCAAGCCUCUAUGUCUUCUCCUCAGCCUGCAUCUCCUGAUAUAUAUAGGGAUCCUUUUGGAAGUCCUUUUGCCUAACUUCUGAACUUGGCUUGCUGGCUAUGCAGAGGAACAGAAAGGUUGGCCUUAGUCGUCAAGGACAAAGCUGAUAGCAGAUGGAGUCCUGACUUCUGUUCUUGUUUCGGCUUUGACAUAUUAUCUGCUGCCUUAUUCCUUGCUGCCUCUUAUAAAAUGUCUCUCACUUUCUGUUUAGGUUAAAGCUAAACUGAAUCUAUGGCUUUAAAUAAAUUAAGAACCUACACUCUCUAGCUUAAAUAUGAAUGAAGUAGUUUCCCUACCUGAACCCCUGCCUACUGUGUCCCUAAAACUUUCUAGAACAUUCUACCAUGUACCCUCUGGUUGGGCGGUGCACCACCACAACCCCUCAGAUCAGACUGCUUUGAAUGAAUGUUAAAAUCUUUACUGUUCAUGUGUGGGGUUCCGUUUCAGAGCAUAAAACCUAAACUUUCUAGUAGAGCAAGGCACCGUCUGAAAUCUUGCGUUAGACCAUCCCUUCCAAAGUCAAAUGGAAGCGAGUCCAACUUCUCCAUAGGCACUUUGGAGCCCGACACACCCAAGAACCUUUGGAAAGCUAGGACUUCUCCUCUUUCUGAAGAUGGUUCUGUUCUCAAGGGCACAGGUGUUCUUUCUCCAGCGUGCUGGCUCCUGGAGGGAAACACCUCAUGUCUCUGCUCCCUUUUCCCUCGGAUUUUCUUUCCCGUCAGUUUUGCUUCCGGGUUCAUGUGCUCUCGCCUCCCUUUCACAAGACGUGGACUUUUAUGGGGCAAAUAUCUAAUGAUUCACAGACCUGAACUCUCGCCACCUUCUCAGCAAUGCUAAUCCCAGUAACUGGAAUUGCAAAUGGGACAGCUUUUAUGCUUCCUGUGGACUAGGGCACCAUCCUUGGGCUGAAGUUCCAGCAGAGAGGCGGCUGUCGAAGAAAACCUGCCCCGACUCAGCGGUGAAGAACCACAUAUCACCCCGUCAGAGAUGGUCGUGCCGAACACGCUAGGUGCUGAUUUGGGGUCAUGCUGGACCUCGAUCAAGUAACUGGAAAACUUCCGGGAAGCCACAAUCUCAUAGUUAGCUGGCAGAUAAAUAGGAAAACGAAACAAAACUGCAGAACAGUUAUUUGCUUCUACCCUUGAACAUCUAAUGUCUGAAAUAUUUUUUCUCUUCAUAACCUUGGAAACGUUCCUGGUACAUUGUCGGUCCUAUUGUUAGUACAGUUCUGAAGGGUUUGUUCUUGCCAGAAUGAGUUUUGUUUGUUUAUGUCGGGUUUUUAAUGUUGUCCCUUGACCCCUAAUGCUCAGGUUCUUGUGGGUGUUAAUCAACCAACCGUAUAACGUAACCUUUAGGUGGAAGAAGAGGGUGACUAACGAAGAUGGUGAACCUCUGUUGAUUAGCCCCAACCAGUCCAAGCUGAAGUCCUGUGGUUUUAUGUUUCAUGGUAACAGCUCAUUCUAUUUGGCAUAAUUUUCCAUCUGGCUUUCUACUCUGUCAUCAUCAACACAGACUUGAAACAGUAUUUUGUAUGUCCAAAUACCUAAAUGUGCUAAACUGGAGGUAAUUAUUUCUAGGUAGUUGAAUUUUUGAAAGUAGAAAAAUUUUUAAAAGUGAUGAUCAGCCACACAAUUGUUUUAUACAUACUUGUUUCCUUGUGCACUUUUCUGUAUGCAAAUAAAGCUAUAA